GAAAUAUCGCAAGCAGAUGGGAGGCGCACCUGAUCAAGUGGGCUGGAGACAACUGGAAUCGAGGGAGGGACUGGCUGGCGCAAGAGGCGAUGCUUGAGGUGCCGUAGGUGUGGUUAAUGCGUGUUACUUCAUUUGAGCGGAGGAGAGGGGUUUGAUAGGAGUUGCGUGGUUCAGUGAUCAGGAUCGGUUGUAAACCGUAGUAGUACAUAGAAGUAAAUCCAGAAUAAAAGUGUGUGGACUGGAAAGAGUGGAUUAAAAAAAAAGAAGAAAAAAACAGUUCAAGAAAAAAAAAAGUUUUAAAAAUGGCUAAGAAAAAUCUGGAAAAAAAGAGGACACAAAAUGGAAUGAUGUGCCGCCGCACCUGAAGUGCAAUUGACAUUGCCGAGUGACCGGGACUCUGUGAUAUUUACACAACUCAGUGGAAAUAUAAAGAGACAGGCUGCUUUGCAGGUGGAAAUGGCGUCUCCGAUGUUGAAGACCCUGCGCUUUCACAUCCUGCCGUGGGUUGCCCUGCUGUUCCUGGUCGAGGUCCCGCAGUUUGCAUCUGGGGCCUCCAAGGAGAUCAUAUGCCAGGAAAUCACGGUGCCCAUGUGCAAAGGCAUCGGAUACAACCUGACCUACAUGCCCAACCAGUUUAACCACGACACUCAGGACGAGGCUGGCCUCGAGGUGCACCAGUUCUGGCCCCUGGUUGAAAUCCAGUGCUCCCCUGACCUGCACUUCUUCUUGUGUAGCAUGUACACCCCCAUCUGCCUGGUGGAUUACAAGAAGCCCCUGCCCCCCUGCAGGUCUGUGUGCGAGCGCGCCAAAACCGGCUGCUCCCCCCUCAUGAGGCAGUAUGGCUUCGGCUGGCCGGAGAGGAUGAACUGUGAGAAGCUGCCAGUGUUAGGGGACCCAGAUAACCUCUGUAUGGACUACAACCGGACCGAGACCACCACCACGUCGCCGCUGUUUCAGAAGCCCACCCGUCCCCCAAAGGGCCCCCCGAAAGGGCCCGGGCAGAAGGCUGUGGAUUGUGGGCGGCAGUGCCGCUGCAGGGAGCCCCUGGUUCAGAUCCACCGGGAGGCCCACCCCCUCUACAACAAGAUCAAGACGGGCCAGGUGCUCAACUGUGCCGUCCCCUGCUACGAGCCCUACUUCUCUCAGGACGAGCGCACGUUUGCCACCUUCUGGAUCGGCCUGUGGUCCAUCCUGUGCUUCAUCUCCACCUUCACCACCGUGGCCACCUUCUUGAUCGACAUGGAGCGGUUCAAGUACCCGGAGCGGCCCAUCAUCUUCCUGUCCACCUGCUACCUCUUCGUGUCCAUCGGAUACAUCAUCAGACUGAUCUCCGGACACACCAGCGUCGCCUGCAACAAAGACUACCAGCACGUGCACUACGACACCACCGGCCCCGCGCUCUGCACCGUCGUCUUUCUGCUGGUCUACUUCUUCGGCAUGGCUAGCUCCAUCUGGUGGGUCAUCCUGUCCUUCACCUGGUUCCUGGCGGCUGGCAUGAAGUGGGGGAAUGAGGCCAUCGCCAGCUACUCCCAGUAUUUCCACAUGGCAGCCUGGCUCAUCCCCAGCGUCAAGUCCAUCGCCGUCCUGGCUCUGAGCUCCGUGGACGGGGACCCCGUGGCUGGGAUCUGCUACGUGGGCAACCAGAACCUGGACAACCUGCGUGGGUUCGUGCUAGCCCCGCUGGUGGUGUACCUCUUCACUGGGACCAUGUUCCUGCUGGCAGGCUUUGUGUCUCUGUUCAGGAUCAGAAGCGUGAUCAAGCAAGGGGGAACCAAGACGGACAAGCUGGAGAAGCUGAUGAUCCGCAUCGGCAUCUUCACCGUGCUCUACACCGUCCCGGCCACCAUCGUGGUGGCCUGUUACACCUACGAGCAGCACUACAGGGAGAGCUGGGCCAAGGCUCUCAACUGCUCCUGCCCAGGGAGUGAAGCCCCGUCUGGGCCUGACUAUGCAGUCUUCAUGCUCAAGUACUUCAUGUGUCUGGUGGUGGGCAUCACCUCCGGGGUCUGGAUUUGGUCCGGCAAGACCCUGGACUCGUGGAGGAGGUUCAGCAGCAGGUGCUGCCGAGGCAGGAAGCCCACCAGCGCCUCCAUGUACAGUGAGGCCAGCACGGCUCUGACUGCCAGGACUGGGGUGGCUAGCUCAGGCUCCUACCACAAGCAGGUGCCACUUUCUCAUGUUUAAAGCACAGCAGCGGGGAGCCUGCACUCAGCUUUGUUGUUGUUGUGUGUGUGUGUGUGUGUAUAUGUAAAGAAAAGACUUUUUUUUUUUUAAAUUUUUAAAAAAGUUAAAAAAACAAAUUUAAAAAAAAAGAUAUUUUUCGAUCUACUCCUCAAGCAUUUCAUUGAAAUAUUUUCAACAGAUGACAUCACAUUUAGCACCUCAUAAAGUACCUUAAAUUAAGCAUAAUUAAUGUGUCGGGUAUUUUUCUAUAUAAAAUAAUAAUAAUUCAAAGUCAUCUUCCCCCAAAAACAAGCAGUUGCAGAAAGGGAAUGUUUUUUUAAUUCUCACAGAUUUCAAAUGACAUAUUUAUUGUGGCACUUACUAAGAGCAGCUCAUGCACCCAUCCACUCUCACGAUUCUGAAUGUGGAGUUGAGACCUUUAUUAUUAUUAAGGCACAUAGCUAACCCUCAGAUUUACAGUUUGAAGCAUUUGACAACGAGAAUAAGCCAGGGUCCUAGCUUGGCAAAAAUGAAUACCAUAGUGCUUUAUAUAACCUUCAACCAUAGUUCAUUUUACCGAAAAAAAAACAAACACCCUAUACGUCAUUGCAGUUAACCAGCUUGUGAGAGAGAAAGAGACACUGACUGUGUUGUCAUGUGUAUUAAUCUUCGUUUUCUAAAGUUAAUUUGAUGUCCCUCAAUAGGCUGCCCAUAUAUUUCCAUGUUUUAAAUGCAGCCAGGUGUAUUGUGUGCAAACCUCUUCUUCUUCACAUGAAAAAGCCUUUAGAAAUCAUCUUCCCUCUAUCUCUCUUUCUCUUGCUAAAGACGGCAGGAUGCAUAUGCAUAACAUUUUGUAUUUUUUCCCUACAUGGUCAUCACUCAAGACACUAGAGAGCCCGAGACCACAGUUGUGUACUGCACUAUUAUUUCCAUUGUGUGUUUUCAAGGGUAGGGAGCAUUGGUAUUUGAAUACAUGGGAACACCACACUGUAUAGUCUGAUGACAUCCACAGCAGUGGGUGUCCUGUCCACUAACCUUGUCCCUGACCCUAACCCUGUCCACUGCUAAGAGUCCCUGCGUUUGGAGAUGCCUUGCAGCCCAGCUUGGCUGCUCAGAUGUUAAUGGUAAUUUUGAGUGGCUGCAAUGAAGAAGCACUGCAAUGGAUCAAAUGCUAUAGAUCAGAUGAAUUCUGCAUUUACAAAUCUGCACUGCUCGAGAUCACAAGACUGCACUUGAUGAUUUAUUUUAUUUUAGGAGGCUGUGUGGUCCAGUGGUUAAAGAAACAGGCUUGUAACCAGGAGGUCCCCAGUUCAAAUCCCACCUCAGCCACUGACUCAUUGUGUGACCCUGAGCAAGUCACUUAACCUCCUUGUGCUCCGUCUUUCGGGUGAGACGUAAUUGUAAGUGACUCUGCAGCUGAUGCAUAGUUCACACACCCUAGUCUCUGUAAGUCGCCUUGGAUAAAGGCGUCUGCUAAAUAAACAAAUAACAAAUAAUAAUAAUUUUAAAAAACAUUGUGGGGGGGGGAUGUGAUAGUAUAAAAAUAAAUUGGUAGCUGAUUAAUAUAGUGUUUUGCACAGCUUUACCAGAUAGAAAGCAACACCUUGUAACUGCCAGGACACCUGUUUGUUCUGCAGCAUGGGGAAUUGCAUUUAUCAAGUUACAUCAGCAAGUUUGCCUUGUGAAUAUGAAGUGUGUCAGUGAAACUAUAACCGGGCUGAUCUGGAACUGCAUAGGUGUGAGUGUGUGUGUUAUUUAAACAGCUUUAAAAAUAAUAAUGAUAAUCGUUUCAACAAUAAUUUAAGAAGGUGAACUGCUCUCCUGUACUCUGUCAGAUUAAACUGUGCUUUACUGGUUUAUGAUCUGGUACUACAACUAGUCCCAAUAUGGUAACCAAAACCAAUUUUCCUAUGUGUUGGGGAUGUGCAGAACCAUGUAUUGUGUGGGUUAAUUAUCUUCCCCUUUAACAUGUGUUGCUGAACUCAGUGUAUUCUCUUGUAAGUGCACUAUGCCUCCCAGUGGCCAAAUGCCAGAAUUGCAGUUUUUAACAUUUCUGGGCACUCCACGUAAAAUCAGUCACAGCUAGUGUUCUGUGUGCACCUUGAAAACAGCAACAAGAACCAGGCAACGUAUGUAUCUUAGUGGAAAGAAACCAUGUUAUAACUUCAUGAGGUUUCAAUGUAUCUCCACCUCUGUCUCUCUUUCUCUCAAAGUGCAACAGCCCUUUAGCAGUGUAUGUAAAGCUGAGGGCACACUGAGCCACUUCAGGGCUUAGAACUUGGUUUCAGGCCACUGCAUGGCACAUCAGGGGACUUGAGGUUUGAUACAGCAAAGUUACCUCAAACUAGGUGUCCUGGAACCAGGUUUCAAGCCGCUUUGUUCCCUCAGUUUAAGGUAACCCAUUCGAAACCUCUUUUUAUACAUAGGAGUGGCUUACCACAGCCAGUGCUUCAUGUGGUGAACGACUGGGUCCUGUCUCUCUGUGUCCGUGGUUUCUUUUGUUAUUUUUAUUUCAAGCCCCUCUGUCCUGGCAGUCUGAUUGCAGUAGGCAUGCUGCAUUGUUCUGGUAAGGCUGUGUACACAAUGGCUGAAAUUGCACCAUGUUUGUUAUUGUUGUAUGUUUUGUGGUAACUCUGUAAAUAAGUGAAUAUAUUGCUGAACCCAUUCUGGCUCUCUUGAAAGUCUUAUUUAUAAUUGAAGUUUUAGACUGAGACAGCAAAUUAGCGAGCUGUAGCGCAAUGACAGAACUUCUUAUUUCUUCUUCAAAUGUUGUAACUUUAAUCUUUUGUAACACUGAUGUCUUUGGGUCAUGUGCUCAUGAUAGUUUUGAAACUUAUAUGUAUUUUACUUUACGAAGAGUCAGAUUUAGAUAUUUAUGAUAAAGAAAAGAGUGGUUAUUUUUGUCCGCUGAUUAUUGUAGAGAAUAAACUGUUUUACAGUCUCUGUAUCUAGUCUGUGUGUGCUUGUUGUUCUUCUACUUGUACUUAAAAACGAAAUAAUAAAUGAACACAAUUCUGGACCGCCCCC